AUGCGAGUCGAUAUGGAUCCUGCCUCCAUUUUUGAGGAUGCACUUAAAGGUCUUGCAACUAAGGAUUUCGAUAACGGAAAUGCUAAACCAUGUGACAGUCUACAAACGUCAGUUAAUGGUUCUAGUGACUUUCUAAAACCUGAAUCUUACAUCACGUAUCCCGACAAUCCACAAUUACCUUCCAUACAAAAUACUCAGAAGGCUUCAGAAGAAGCUCCUAGUGCUUCUCAAAAUGACAUCAUCCUCAGUGCUCUCAUAAAUGCUGGGAUUGCUCCAUCCUCUUUAAAACCUCAAGAAGUUUACUCUAAUACUCCUUCAGUUUCAGUUACUGUGAAUCCAAACGUCAAAGUUCUCAAUGCUCAAGGUACUACCAUACUGAGGGUUGUUCCAUCAGGAAAUGGCAGCAAUUCACCAGUUCAGCAAGCAUAUCCUCCUCGAAUGGCUAGUCAGUUGUUAAAGAAGCCUUCUGAUAAUGGUCUUACAAUGUCUGGAAUUACUCACAUGCCAAAUAUCAUACGGAAAAGGCCUCCUUCGCUUGUCGAAACUAGUCAGCCUUUUUCGAAAAUCAGACGUGUACUUAACCAUGGCCCAGUAGAUAAAGACGUUAGCCAUCAGAUCACAGCAUUUUCUGGUAUGGGUACUGUCCCAACUAGCUCAAGUAAAUGGUAUGAGGCUCCUAAUGUUUCACGACCAUCCUUGCCUCCUCACUGCAUUCGGGUACCUAGUCAUACUCAAAUGACUCCCAGAUCAUACCCGUUGUUAAAACGAGAUGAAGAUAUGGAUGAAGAUGAAGAUUUAGCUCAAGCUGAAACGUAUGCUGACUAUAUUCCGUCAAAACUGAAUUAUGGACAAAAGCAUCCAGAUCCUGUUGUCGAGUCGAGUUCCUUGUCCAGUGUCUCUCCUCCAGAUAUUCAUUAUCGCCUGAUUCUUCCGGAUGAAGUUAUCGAGCGGGCUGGUGCAUUUGCUUGCUCCACCACAGGCGACGGGGCAGGUGUGGGAAAAGGUCGCACCAUUGCCGGAAUAUUAUAUGAAAAUUAUUUACGACAUCGUAAGAAGGCCAUUUGGCUCUCAGUUUCAAAUGAUUUGAAGGUCGAUGCUGAACGCGAUCUGCGUGACGUGGGCUUGGGAAAGAUCAAGGUUCAUUCCUUAAACAAGUUUAAAUAUGCUCGUAUUUCUGGUAAAACUAAUGGACGUGUAAAAAAAGGUGUUAUUUUUUCUACUUAUUCUUCAUUGAUUGGUGAAAGUCAAGGUAGUGCAAAAGCAAAAUAUAAAACUCGAUUAAAACAACUUGUUCAUUGGUGUGGGAAAAAAUUCGAUGGUGUUAUUGUGUUUGACGAAUGUCAUCGAGCUAAAAAUUUAACUCCUAGUGGUUCUCAAAAACCUACAAAAACCGGUCUAACUGUACUUGAAUUACAAAACAAACUACCAAAUGCUCGGAUUGUUUAUGCCAGUGCAACAGGUGCCACUGAACCUCGUAACAUGGCUUAUAUGACGCGUCUGGGACUGUGGGGUGAUGGGACGCCAUUUAAAACAUUUAAUUCAUUCAUCCAAACACUUGAGCGACGGGGUGUUGGUGCUAUGGAAUUGGUUGCUAUGGACAUGAAACUACGUGGAAUGUAUAUUGCACGGCAGCUCAGUUUUCAUGGUGUGAAUUUCAGCAUUAAUGAAGUACUAAUAGAGAACGUCAAAUUAGGCCAUGAAAGCUUUAUUCAUGUAUAUAAUCAGUCAACUGACCUGUGGGUAUAUGCAUAUCGCUUCUUCUCAGAAGCGUCACGUUUAUUGGAUCUAAGUGAUCGUUAUCGUAAAACUAUGUGGGGACAAUUUUGGUCUGCUCACCAACGAUUUUUCAAGUAUCUUUGCAUUGCUGCCAAAGUGGAAAAAUGUGUUGAAAUUGCUAAAACUGCUGUCGAUGAGGGUAAAUGUGUUGUCAUUGGUCUUCAGUCUACUGGUGAGGCUAAAACUCUAGAACAAGUUGAAGAAUAUGGUUUAGAUUUAGGUGAAUUCGUCUCCACUGCUAAGGGCGUGUUCCAGUGUCUGGUUGAAAAGUAUUUUCCAACACCAACAAAUGUUGAGAAUUUCUCUCUUCGAGGGGAUAAACUAGCAUCGGCGGGUGAUCGCAGCUCUAAUACAACUCUCAGUAGAGCAGGACGCGCAAUAGCUGCUGGUCAAGGAAGCGGUCUUGGUUUGAAAGAUAUUUUGGGUGAAAAAAUGCUUGCAAAGCUAGUUGCUGGUGGUAGUUUAUCUGGAUCGAAAUUAAGUGAUGAUUAUGAAAAUUCCAGUAAAGUUGACGGUGUAGGAUCUGAUUCUGAUGACGAUGAUGGUAAUGAACAUUCUGAUGAGUCAGAUGAUGAUGAUUCUGAUUUGAAUAAUCCUCAAAAAGCUAAUGGCUGUAACCUAUCAGAUGGAAAUUCAUCAUCUGAUUAUUACGAUUCAGACCUGGAAGUGAAUUCACCAAACAACAAUUCCAGUCGAAAUAGAUCAAAAAAGUCAGAUUCUUCUAAAAAGCAGUCUCAUUCUGGUAAACGUAAACAGAAGUAUAACCGAGCUGGUGGUUCACCGAAUUGCUUGUCAGAUGAUUCGGACGAAGAUUGGGAUCCGGACGCAUUAUUUGACAGCUUCCUAGCUCGCAACAUGACUCUGUCCAAUUCGACCACUAACAGUGAUAUAACCAAGCGAUUCGAUGACAGCAAGCACUUUGGAGAUGAUAUUUGGGGUGAUGAGUUGACUCGUAAAUUAUCACAACAGUAUCUUAUGGGUCGCGGUUCAGAUUCAGCUAAUCAGUCGCUGAUUGCUAACAAUGAACUGAAGGUUUCUCCCGAAGAAGCUAAACGGCAGUGUACUGAAAUGCAAAGUUUACUUUUGCGUUUCAUUGAAAAGCUUGGUCCAAAGUUACCUCCCAGCUCCCUUGAUGAGUUGAUUGACAAAUUGGGUGGACCCUCACGGGUUGCUGAGAUGACAGGUAGAAAGGGUCGUAUGGUGAUGGGGGAUGAUGGCCGCGUUUCUUAUGAAUCUCGUCGUGAAAGUGACGUCAAUUUAGAACUACUUAAUCUUACGGAAAAACAGCGCUUCAUGAAUGGCGAGAAACUCAUUGCUAUUAUCUCUGAGGCAGCCAGUAGUGGUAUCUCUCUUCAGGCGGAUCGAAGGGCAUCUAAUCAACGCCGGCGUGUUCAUAUUACAUUGGAACUUCCUUGGAGUGCAGAUCGCGCAGUUCAGCAGUUCGGUCGUACACACCGAUCCAACCAGGUUAGCGCUCCAAAAUAUAUCUUUCUGAUUUCCAAUUUGGCUGGUGAGCAGCGUUUCGCUUCUACAGUUGCUAAACGUUUAGAGUCUCUUGGUGCUCUGACACAUGGUGAUAGACGAGCUACAGAAACUCGUGAUUUGUCGCAGUUCAAUCUGGAUACUAAACUCGGACGAGAAGCUUUAGAGUUAGUAUUACGUGCUUGUAUUUGGGGCGAUGAGGGCAUAGUUGAUCCUCCAAACGACUAUAUAACUGACACGCCUUUUGACGUUACUGUCGAUCGGGACAAUUUAAAUGCUCAGUCUUUCUUUAACGAUGUUAAAGCAAGUUUACAGGGUGUAGGUUUGGCUACUGGUCGAUGUCGUGAAAAGGACAGUAAUCAAAUGUCUAAAUUUUUGAACCGCAUUUUAGGUAUACGUGUUCAUAUUCAAAAUGCACUCUUUCAAUACUUUUCGGACACAUUAGAAGAAGUUACCAGACGUGCUAAACGUGAUAAUCGUCUGGAUCUCGGAAUUUUGGAUCUUGGUACUUCUGGUCAGAAUUUGGAAAUAACAUGGACCAAAAGUUUUGAUACAUGGUUUUUAUCAGAAUCUACUCAAGUUCAUUUACACAAAGUAACUGCUGAACGCGGAUUACCAUGGUCGGGUGCUAUGGAAAUAUACACUCAGCAUGAUGGUGUAAAUGACGGUUUUUAUUUGCCCUCGGUUAUUAGUAACAAUAAAAUUGUUAUACCUGUUCUAGCUGUUUAUGUGAAAACUCGUACUACGCGGUCGACCAGUAAAUCCGAUUCGAAAUUAUAUCGUAUCUAUCGACCAAAUACUGGUAUGCAGGCACGACCAAUUGAACUCGAAAAAUUACAGGAACGAUAUACCCGUGUUUCUAAUCCUUCAGAUUGUCAAGAGCCAUGGAGCCGGAUAUUUAAAGAAAGUGCUAGACGUUGCAUUCAUAUGUUACUUCAUGGGUUUUGUUCAUCAACCAUCCAAAGUCGAACAUUAUGUGAAGUCGGUUUACGAACGCGUAAUUACUAUGUUCUUAGCGGGUCAGUGUUAAAUGUAUGGGCUAGAAUUGAGCCUUUUCUUCAGCUGCGUUCAAAUUCUACUCGUUGUAUGCAAGUUGUACGUCUCAAGUCAAAGGAUGGGAAACGUAUUAUUGGAUCCCUUAUCCCUCAAGAAUGUGUCCAGGAUGUUUUGGCUUGCUUGUCACUACCUCCUGAAACAGAGCAUACAUCUUCUAGUGAUAACUUGGAUAAAAAGUGUGGUUUGUCUCACAUGGAAGAAUCUUCAGGAAUUUCAAAUAAUUUUAAUUUAUCACCUCAUAUUCCGAACGUUCCUUGGCCUAGAGGUCAAACAUUCAGUGUAAACCCAACUCAGCAAUCUAGAUUAUACAGUGGUCGUCCACCUUCAUUUAUAAAUCAACGACCCAGUAAUAUUAUACGAAAAAAGAUCCCACCUCAUAAUCCUGGAAAUACGUACCGUGGUUCACUGUUUACUCAGAGUUCAUCUGAACAACGUCGUUUCGGCACACUACGAGAAACUUUAACCACUGAUUUAAGUUAUAUACCAAGUCAUUCCAAUGGUUAUCUAUCUACUACAUUAUCACAAUCUCAUGUAUCCAAUUCUUCUAAAGGUGUGAGUCCAAUGUACUCGAACACUUCUAUACACAAUUUUGGAUCUACUCGUUUAAAUUCUAAUACAAAAAUGGGUAGUCGAUUAAAUGCUGCUCUAUCAUUACCAUUACUCUCUGAUAAUCCUAAUAUUCAAUAUCAAACAUCAUGUAGUAGUAGUACUAUUACUACUAGUAGUAAUACUAAUUAUUCUUCUACAUUAACUAAUCGUAUCAAUGAUAUACCAUUAUCUAAUAUUUCAUCUGUUAAUAAUAAUACAAUUAUUCCUUCUAAUUUCUCAACGAAUACAAUGAAUAAUGUUAAGAACCCUUCAAAUAAAGUGACACGUUUCAAAAUAAAAUGGAAAGAUGGUUAA